CAUCGCUGCUCGCUCGAUCUACAAUGUCCGCUGCAGUUUCGCCAACAUCACCACCGGACCCAGUUACCAAGACAACACCGGCGCCGAGUCCAUCACGAGCGCCAGAUGCCGUAACUCGACUCGUUCUAGGGCCUUUGACCGAGACAGCAUGGUCGCCACCUGCAUCCUGCACGCAGAUAUACGCCGCAUGCGACACCUGUAAUGUCGGUUGGCAGGGACAGAUAUGCGUCGACAAGGGCAUCAAUACGGACGACCAGGCAUGUUGGCCGCCGACAACACAAGGCUUACCAAAGACCAGUGAAGGGCUGAACGGAUGGGGGAUAUACUCGCCGGGCCUGGCAUGUCCUAGUGGCUACACGUCUGCUGCAGAGUCCACGUACGGCAUCAAUAAUAACAACAAGUUCCAGUUUCCGCUCACAGCCGGGGAGACAGCUAUGGGCUGUUGCCCGGAGGUCCUCAGUGGAGUCGCCACCCAAGAACCCACGUAUUUCAUGACCUCAGCCUACGGCUUCCAAACCUGCCUCCAAUUAGCCACGGGUGGCGUUCUGACGACGGUCAGCUGCCAAGCCAGAAGCUCGAUGACUACAGGAACGGCUGCGUUUCCUUUCAUAGUCGGACAAAGCCCUAAAGAGACAACUAAAUCAACAUAUGGCGUCUGGGCACCAUUGUUCCAAGUCGUCCGCCACAGCUCAGACAUGCCGGGAUAUGCAUCUCCACUCACUACAGACACAAUCUCGGGUCACGGCGGCAGCAACCCGCUCUCCCCAACGGAGGCCGCUGGGCAGACAAAUAAUGGAAGCCCUAACACCGGAUUGUCCCCAGCCGCACAAGCAGGCAUUGGCAUCGCCGUUGCGUUGAUCGCGAUCCUACUUGGCUUGGGCAUAUUCGCCCUCUGGCGGCGCCGGCAGCGCUCACAAGGUGGCGGUCUUGCCUCUUCUUCGCCGUCUUCAGCGAUGCUCGGCGCGUCCGAUCCUAGCAUCGAGAAGGAGUUAUACCGUGGCGGCGAGGGUGGGGAUACAGCACUUAAGAAACAGCCGCAGGUCAUGGUAUGGCAGGGUCAUGGGAACGGGGCUGGGUACUACAGUGAAUUAUCGAGCAUCAUGGACCCGUCAGAGCUGCAUACACAGAGCCGGCCCAUCGAGCUGGGUGCCGGCAAUUUUUACGAUACGUUGGCGUAUGAUCGCCCGCCACGCAGUCAGCGAUGAUUUCCUGUCAGAACGAAGGGGAAGUGACACUCUCGUGUUGGCGGUUCCUAUACGAAAACUAUCCCUAGGUUGCUGAGGGUUUGAAUAUUUGAC